GUAUAUAAAAAAGACGAAUAAACCUUCAUAAUUAUUAUACGUUGUAACCUAAUUUGAUUUUCAGUCUAUUAUUUCAUCUAUAAUUUUAUUGUGAAUUCAUCGCAAGAAAUAAUCAUGAACCGAUUUUUAGCUAUUGCUUUUGUUCUCGUCGUUUCAUCAUGCCAUGGAGAUGCUCUUUGGAGUGGAUCUACAUUUGGUGAUUGGGCUAAAGGGAUGACUCCUUGUGAGAUUUGCAAGUAUGAAUUCGACUCAGGAAUCGAUUUGAAAAAGGCGAAAUCUACGUUCUUACCUGAACUCAAGAGUAAAUGUGGCAAAUACCCAACUCCUGAAGGGUCUUGCGAUGCUUACGUUAAAGUAUUCGAGACUUCAUUUGAUCUUCUUAUCGAAAGACAAAGCAGAUCUCAAGAGCUUUGUACUUUCUAUGGUGUUUGUGAGUCUAGUUCGACCCUCGAUAUCAGUUUACCGCAUAUUCCCGCUGCUCCAGUUACACCAAAACAAAAUCCUCCCAAAGUCUAUGAUAAGGCCGUUUGUAAGGAAUGUACCGAUAUCAUCGCUGCAGUUACUUUUAUGGGUGUUGGACAUUAUGCUGAUACUUUUGCUGCUAAAACUGAAAAUGGGUGUUUAUGGUGGGUGAAAACUACUGCGUUACCAAGUGAUGCAGAUUACCAGAAAUGUUCUGAGCUUAACUCUGUCUAUUUCAAUUCAAUUACCGAUAAUAUGAUCGAAAAAUCGACUCAGAACUAUAUGUGUUGGGAUCUUUUCGAUGUUUGUGACCCUGCACAAAAACCCAGCGACUUGGUUUUACCAUAUGGUCAACAAAAAUCAACUCAUUAAAUGAAAAACUUCUUUUGAUUACUGCAAUAUCGAUAUUUAAAUGUAUCAAUCAGUAAUACAAUAUCAAUAAACUUUUGACAUUAAUUUUGCAACUAA